GUGUAAGAUAAGCCUGAUAAGGCGACUGGUUGAGGAAGUAGUAAUUUUCAAGUCUUCCAGGACUAUGCAGAUAGAUUGGUGAAAAAUGCCUAUGAGAAUUGGAAUGAUGUUAGACAGUUCGAUGCUGAGGCUUCUUCAAGUUCCAUGUCGGAGAAGUUCUCAAGUUCUUUCCUAUCUGAAGUUCUAGGAGAUCAGCAAUGCUGCCAUCCAGUUCACGACAAUAUGCCUCCGCCGAGAUUGGCCAGUCAAGUUGGUUUGAAAGUACCUCCAAGAAGUUCAGCAUCCACGGUGGAAGGAAAUAGUGGCAUUACUGCUGCUCGAUUGCCAACACAGUCACAAAGUCUCAAUUCCCAAAAUGCCUCUUGGAACCAAUUUAUUGACUGUAUGGACCAAAUAGAGCCUUCACCAGAUAAAAAUCUACAGACAUUCGGACAAGUGUACGAGUCACCUUCAAGCUCCCCAGCUUUCGACAUUGAGGCUGAUGGGAUUGAUUGGCUACUACGAGGUGACUGAGGGCUUGAAUCAUGUGGCUACCAAUCAAGCGCAGCUUGCUCCCCAACAAACUUUUUGGAUUUUAUUCAGAGCAUUGGCCGAAGAGACUUUUUAUUUAUCUCAAUAAUGUGAGUUGAGUCAUGUUUAGUGUAUCAGAAGUUUGUAGUUUACCGAAUGAAAUGAUGAAAUUUCUAUUCCGAUUAAUCAAAGUAUGAGCACUAUGCUUUUUGGUA